AUGACAAGCAUGAGUUGUGAGCAGCCAUCCAUGAUCGAACUCAAAAGAGAAGUCAGCCAAGAGGCGGAUAAUUCUGGAGAGGCGGCCGCUAGUCAAGGACGACAGGAAGUCGGAGCGUCGGCUAUGGACGGAUGGCUCGGAGAAGCGUCAAAAUUAGAUCAACGUCCACUUAUUAGAUGUCGUAGACGGCUAACACCAUGCCGUCACCACCAUCUAGCACUGAUUUAUCAACAGCAGCAAGUAGAAGAAACAUCGAUAUGA